AUGACCAAAAAGCGUCGCGCUUCUUCGUCCAGUACGAAGAAACCUUCGUCGUCUGCUGCUGCCGCUGCCAUGAGCUCCUCGCCCUUCCCAUACCCGUCCCCACCCCCUGCGACGCCCCCUCGACUGCCCCGCUCGAGCUUGGCUCGAGGAUCUCCACUGCGCAUUGGCGUAGCAGCCAGCACGCGCUCGCAGCUCAGCGUGUCGACGCUUCCGGUACUGUCACCGCCACUGAAAAAGCGCGUCAUGGGGCGUCGUCACGCCAAAGCGGUCAAGCUCCAACUCCCCGAUGAUGAUGAUGAUGAGGAGGAGGAGGAGGAUACGGAUGCUGCCAAGGGCGGCUACACUGACAAGGAUGGCUACAUUGACACAAAGAGCUACAACACCACGGAAGACGCGGAAAACAGCUGUUGCGGGUACGAGAGCGGGACGACCUCGCAAGUCGCUGAGGAGACGACGGUACAGCCCUUGAAGCCCGAUCCGUAUCUUCCCGAAGCCUAUCAACGAGAGGCAACAGUGCUGCGACAUGGCGACAGUUUCUACAACGCCAUGUUGACACGGGUGCGUAUCCACCACAACUACAGCGAGUUCAUUGCGUUGCAAGCGCUCGAGUUCCGCCAGGACUUUUACCUCUGGACACGUGCUGGACGUGUCGGAUGUGCGGGGAAAACGACGCUCCAGCGCUUUUCAAGCGUCGAGAAAGCCGCGUUUGAGUUCUGUCUGCUGUUUUCGUCCAAGACCAAUUGCGAGUGGAACGAACGCCAUGCAGCGCUGCGCUUCCAGGAAGGCAGUUAUACGUGGAUUGAGCUGGACUAUUCCAUGGGCACGCCGUACUCCCAGUCGCUCACGAGCGCGCUGGCAGACAAUCAAGGCGAGAUGGACCACGCUGACAGUUUCCAAGACUUUGAGCUUGUCUCGGCGACGUCGUCACCGCUUCCGCCAGCUUCGGCUUCCAGUCGCAAACGUCGUCGCACGGCAGCGUGGAAUGCCUAUUUAUCCUCUAGUUCCAUUGCUGGUGUUGGUGCUGCUACUGCAACGAGCACGCAGCAGUCUCAAGGCAGUCAACCAUGUGACUGGCUGUAUGCAAACUCGGAUGGUGAUGCUGCUGCUGCUGCUUGUGCAAGUUUGAUCGAGACUUCAACAUGUGCAUGUGUGGUUGCCCCGCCAUCUCGAUUGUCGACUGAUGUGCAGGAUUUUGUGACGCUCAUUGCGGAUCACAGCGAGCUGUCGUAUGCACAGACGGUCACGGACGAUGGAGCAGGGGACGCGGUUAUGAAGCUGCCAUUAGGUCGACUAUCCAAGACCACCAUCAAGCGCGGGUACGAGACCUUGGAAGAAAUGUACGAAGCGUUGCGUGAUCGACAAGUGUCUCGAGCCCAAUUGACGAGUCUGAGCAGUCAUUUCUACUCGCUCGUUCCACAUCAUUCGCGCUUGGAGGUGAUUGAUACAAUGGUAAAACUCGGCAAGAAAGUGCAGCUGAUGGCCGAAGUUGGUAUCAGCGUGCGUGGAAUCGCUCAUGACCCGGUAGCACGACGGUGUGCCUCAAGAAACUAUUUGGACGAGUGCUAUGAGUUGUUGGAGUGCGAGCUACAACCUGUAAAGAGCUCGAAUCCCGAUUUCGCACUCAUUCAGACGUACAUUCGGAACUCAAACUGCUGCGGGCGAAAGCAAGAUCGACUGCAGUUGUUGUCGGUGUUUCGCGUGGAAAAGAGCGAGCAGGAGACGCGUUUCGAGCCCUUCCGCAAAUUCAGCAAUCGUCGGAUUCUAUGGCACGGUAGUCACUUGGCAAACUGGUCGGGCAUUUUAUCGGAAGGGCUGCGAAUCGCGCCUCCUGAAGUUGCAUCAAAUGGUCGAAUCUUUGGCAAAGGGCUGUACUUUACCGACAAGGUGACGAAAGCACAGGCGUAUUGCCACUGCCGCCCGACGAAUGGCCACAAUCAAUGCGUGCUUGCCUUGAGUGAAGUAGCACUUGGUGCAUGCAAGGAAAUGUUGAACUCGGAUGACAACGCGAAACAGUUUGUACACACGGGUUCUGGCGGAAGGGCGAACGAAGCGUAUUUCCACAGCUGCAAAGGUGUUGGAUCGUGCCGGCCGGACUCGAGCGGUGAUGUCGUGGACACUCAUGGUGCGAUUUGGCCCUUGGGCAAAUCAGUCCAGCCUGAGAAGCGUACGGGGCUCCACCACAGCGAGUACAUUAUUUACAACCCGAACCAGACACGCAUGCGCUACGUCGUGCUCGCCGAGAGCCCAUAUUAG